UUUCAGCAUGGCAGCAAAAAUUGAACAAGAUUUCCUUCAUCACUUUAUUGGUCCAUCCGGAUUCGGAGAGGAUUGAUAAAGUAACAGAGUUUAUGAAAGAUGCCAACACCGUCUUCUCUGAUGACCUCUGCAAUCCUCUGGCAUCCUAAAAAGGCAACAUAAUUUCAUCUGCAGAUGAUGUGUAUAAUAAAUCCCCAGCAACGUCUGUGCUGAUGCCUGUAGGGCUGGCUCGGUGACUUCUGUGGGGAAUUUGUAGCAUCCAGCCUCUGGCAUCUGCUCCUGGCAGAAGCUCAACCAUUUGAAGAGAAGCUGAGGGGGAAAAUAAUCCCAAUGAGGAUGUUUGCACAUGCUGUUCUCUACCUCCUCGCCUGGGUGUUUUGCUGAAGGACUGGGACAUCUGCACAGAAGGGAGGACGGCAGCGGCUGGAGCUCGCCCUGUGUGAAGCUGAAGUUCCUCUAGCGCUGGUGGGGUUAGCAGCGCGCCGGGCCAGGCAGCAGGAGGAACUGGAUCGCACCAUCGGAGCGUACACGGACAGACUUGAUUAAAUUCAAGCCUGAUGGCCUCUGGCAUAAACAAGAUUCAUCAGCCCGGGACUUGCAGUGCGUCUAAAGCAGCUCGCAGCAGCUCGGCGGAGGAAUGCAGUCAGGAAAUGCACAUGAAAAUGUGCAAGAAGAUCGCUCAGCUCACUAAGGUGAUAUAUGCCCUGAACACUAAGAAUGAUGAACAUGAAGCUAGUAUACAGGCUCUGAGAGAGGCUCAUGAAGAAGAAAUUCAGCACAUUCUUGCUGAGACAAGGGAAACAAUUCUCCAGUGUAAAAGCAAAGUUGAAGAAGAGCAGUUGCUAAGAAAGCAUAUUCAGGCCCUUGAAAUUGCAGUAGAACAGCACAAGAGACUAAAGGAAGAAGCCUUGGCAGAGUUAAUGUUGUGCAAGAAGCAGGUGGAAGAGAGGGAGCCAAGAACGCAAAUUAAACAAGUGCAAACAGUCCUUUCUGUGGACACAGACUUUGAAAACAAGCUUCUACAUUUAAGUCAGGAAUCUGAUGGGCUGGUAAAUGAAUGCAAAGCAUCCAGAAGACAAAAUAUAGAUGAAAAAGUGAUUUUAGAUGAGAAAUACAGUGUGGAAGGACAACCUUUAAUAAAUGAGAUGAAAAACCUGAAGAGUGAAAACCAGAGAGCAAGUGAAGAAUAUACUCAGAAAACAAGCAAACUGCAAGCCUCUUGUGAGAAAGAAAAAGAGACUUUGAAAAAGGCUACUCAACAAUCUAUGAUAGAAACAAAGAAUUGCCAACAAAGAGAAAUGGAGCAAAGGAAGAGCUCAGAGGCUGAGAAAGGUUUUUUGCUGCAGCAGGUAAAGAAGCUGGAGGCAGACCUAGAGGAGAAAAACCAGAAGAUAAAUGAGAUGAAGAAGCAUUCCCAGAAGCUGAAGGAGAGAAUACAGGAGCUGCAGAAACAGCUAGAGGAACUUAAAAGAAAAUCUGAGUGUGAACUAAACCAACUAGAGAAAGAGAAAGAAGUCCUAGCUGGGAAACUUCAAAACUCUUCACUUGAGGUGGCUCAGCUGAAGCAGAUAUUAGAUCAGCAAGCAAGUAACUUCAAGGAGUCACUGAAGAAACAUAGUCUACAGUCCAACAAGGAAAAAGAGAAGCUUUUGCAGGAUCUUCAAAAUAUCAUUAAAGAAAACCAGAAUGUGAAACUGCAGCUGGAGGCAUCACAUCAGAAAGUCUUAAAAAUGUUGGAGAAAAGCAAAAAUCAGGAACUCAAGGAGACGGAAGAACGUUUGAAAAAGGAAUUUAAUGAGACUUUCAAGAGCCAACAUCAGUCUCAUAGACUGGAAAUACAAACCUUGGAAGAGAAGGCAAAGAAGGAAUUACAUGAUGAACUCGAGCAGAUACAGAAGCAGCAAACUGCGUUGCUAGGAUCUCUAAGGAUGGAACUCUCUGAGCAACAGACAUUGUGCACUAACCUCAGGAAACAAAUAGAAGAACUCCAAAUGGAACUGAGGAGUGUGAGGACACUGAAGAAGCAACAGGCAAGAAUUCAGUUCCUACUUCAUUGCCAUGUUGUGUUUUGCAAAAGCAGUAGUAUCAAAUUUCUCUCUUCAGAGAUAAUAAAAGAAGGAAGUAGCCAGAGCCAGAUCAGAUCUUUCCAUGAGGAACUGGAAAAAUGUCAGAGUGAAAUUUCUGAACUCAAGAAAGAAAAUUUACUUUUGAAGGACACAAUGGAGCUACUCAGUCCUGAGUUGAAGUCCCAGAAGGAAGAAGCUGUACAUCUCCAGGAUAGUGAGAAACAGCCCAGAAGACUUAAAGAAUUAGAAGAAAAGUCAAGAAAGUGGGAGUCCAGAUCAGAAGAUGCACACCUUAUAAGCUGUCUGCAAGACAAAUUAAGUGAGAAAGAAGAGAUUAUCAAGCAGUUGGCAGAAGGAAGAAAAUGUCAGCAUUCACAUUUAGCCAACAAUGAAUCUUACAGGAAUCGAUCAUUUUCUUUCAACCCUAAUAGAGGAUGCUCAACUCCUUCCAUGAAGAAGAAGAAAACAAUUGAGGCGCCCAGUCGUGUUGUCAGUGUGCCGAAUUUAGCUUCCUACGCAAAGAGCUUUUUGAGCUGUGACUUGAGAUCAAAAAGAAGUGCUCCUCAAAUAACAAAAUCUACAAGCUUAGACCGGAGUCCUGGCUGCCUCAGGGUGGGCUUUCCAUCAGCACAGUCCUCAGACAGCAGUGCUGCCACAAGGGCACAUGGCAGUGAGCUACCACAAACCAAAGAUGACCAGAAAGAAGACUCUCAGCAUCAAGAAUGGUUUACUAAAUAUUUUUCCUUUUAAAGCACACUUCUCAGAAUUGCUAGAAAAGCUGCUCCUGUUUUCUUUCAGGGAAUGAUGAUCCAAUACAUGGUUUAGGAAAAACAGAAAAGUAAUUUCCAAAUAAUUAGGAACAACUGCACUCUUACAGGUAAUUGCUAUGGAGUUAUAGGCAUGGAUUUCAGAAAAGUGUGGUUUUGUAACAGCCAUUGUGAAAAAAGAAGCAAUAGGAAAAUUGUGCAUACUCUUACAUGGAUAGACUUUUUAACCAGGAGACUAUACCACUCCACUGCUAGAUUCAAUAUGCAGUUUGGUUGCUGAUACAUCCUGUCAAUAUCACUCCAGCUGAAAAAAAGAUCUUGCUUCUCUAAGGGAUUUCUGCAGAUGUAUACAUUUGCUUCAUCAGCUGUUUAAAAUAAUUUCUGUAUAUAAUAAUGUCAUUUUCCAAGUUUUUAAUAGGUUUUUGUUACUCUUAUUUUAAGCUGUGCAGCAUGUGGUAUGACUUCGAGAAUAGCAUGUUUAUAGCAGGCUAUAAUAUAUUAUUAUAAAAAUACUUUCAGGUUUGUUUUAUACACUCUUUUGUAUAGUCAGCAUUGCAAAGUAAUGUUCCUGUUGUACUUCCAUACUUGUAUCAGCUUGACAAAUUAGGAUGUUAAGUAUGAACAUUAAAACUUGUUUGUACAUCAUC